AUGGCAAAUAAGAACAACAUCAACCGCCCGUCCGCCUCGAAACCCAAAGCCCGUCCCAAAACAAAACCAUCCCACACCCUCCGUCGAAUCUCCAAAACAAACUCCACAGCAAACCACCAAUUAUCCUCCAAAAAAUCCAGAAAGUUAUUAAGGAAUAAAGCAUACACUGCUACUAGAAUUAUUGAGGAGGUUGGAAAGGAAGGAGGUGAUGUUCUGAUGAGAGCGUUGGCAGACGAAACAUUAUCCAGAAAGAAGGAAAAAAUGUUGAAGAAUUUGGCUGCGAACCAGGAAGUUAAGGAGCAGAAAGAGGCCGUGAUGGAUGUUGAUGUGGAUGAGGCUGUCGCUGAGGAUUUGUGA